AUGCCGCGCACCGGGAGCCGCGUGUCCCGCCAGCCCACGGCGGGCCGUGCCCAGGGGAUGCGCGGGGCAACGUCGUCCACGCGAGCUAGCUCUGCAGCUGGCAGCCCGCUCCGCAAGCCGCCCAAAAUGCUGCAGAAGCAGACCAAAGACUCAAAAAGAAGAUUUAGACCUAAGAGACGGUCUCAUCAGAAGCAAGGCGACGAGACAAAGAUCUCCCAGCGUCUGUCACAUCAAAUGUUACCUCGGCGAGUGCCUCGUUUCGAGGCAAAACGACACCUGAGCCCCACCGCCUGCACCCUGAGGAAGCACAAGACGAAUAGGAAGCCCCGAACCCCGUUCACCACCUCCCAGCUGCUGGCUCUGGAGCGCAAGUUCCGCCAGAAGCAGUAUCUGUCCAUCGCAGAGAGAGCCGAGUUCUCCAGCUCCCUCAACCUCACAGAGACCCAGGUCAAAAUCUGGUUCCAGAAUCGGAGGGCCAAGGCCAAGAGACUGCAGGAGGCCGAGCUGGAGAAGCUCAAAAUGGCAGCGAAGCCCAUGUUGCCUUCGGGUUUCAGUCUCCCUUUCCCCAUCAACUCUCCCAUCCAGGCCGCCUCACUGUAUGGAACAUCCUAUCCUUUUCACAGACCUGUGCUUCCUAUCCCGCCCGUUGGACUCUAUGCUACUCCUGUCGGAUAUAGCAUGUACCACUUAUCCUAAGAAGAUCAGAAAGACAAAGCGACAGUGAGAAAGACUUCCUGGUGGAUCUUGUCCAACCCUGAGAAGGCAGUACCCCAACCAGUACUGGCAAUUCUUUCUGCACGCUUUUAUCUGUCAUCCCAAAUGUACAGGAGUUUGCAUUAGCAAAACAAAGCAUCCUGUAUGCUACAGGUUGGGUGUCUUCUGAUAGUGCUCUGAGCACUCAGUGUCUGAUCCUGAAAGAAAAAAAAAAAAGUAAAAAC